UCCUGACACAAGUCUUUUCUAAUAUACAGAUCCAGCUCUCCGGCUGGAAACAAAUGACUGGAUCAUUUCGUGUGUCCUAUCCCCCAGGAUUUAUUACAAGAAGGAGAAGGCUUUCCCCUCGGGAGGCUGGCAGCCCUGGCACGUGAGAGUGCAGGAUUUGGGAGGACCACCAUUGCUGGAGGUCGGCCAUGAAAGAUGUCAACUCUCUCACUGCUGAGCCGUGGGAAUGCCCAGGUGGUCAAAACCUCUCAAGAGAAGCUAGUGGUUCGCUAUGAGCCUGAGGACUAUUUCAACUGGAAGUCCCAUCAGGAUUUUAACAUCAGAAGAUUUCUCAGUGGUAGAUGUGCUUCCAUUCACUACUGGGCAGUGCCAACUCACAAGACGUACAGCACUAGGAAGGGGGCACUGGUUCUGUAUUCCGAGGACCUGGCAUUGCCAGCAUGGCAUGAAUCCCAGGACAAGAGGGUAAAAAGAAGGCAGCGCUACAAAAGGAAGAGUUAUCAGACUGAGCUCAGCACUCUUCAAGAUUUGACUGGAGCUAUUUUAUCUUAUGGAAGAAAACAGAAGGAUCAGACUGAGCCUUAUUGGCAGCCAUACCUGCAUUUUCUGAAUAAAGAGGAUGUUCACUGUAGAAGACAGAUCCGGCCUGGCUAUUCACCAAAGAGAUAUCUUACCCGUCUCUUCCAAACAUGGGAUCCAAACACAGUUUACAAGCUACAACAAGCAGGAAGCCUUAGAGACUCAGUACAGCUUCAAAAACUCACAGCCUCAGUAGACAGCGGUGGAAGACAUCCAGAUUUGUCAUCUACUCCAUUAAAAUAUAAUCGUUUACCUGUCUUUACCUGCUUACCUUACUGGAGCAAUACAGAUGUGUUCACCAGUCCAGGGAAUUGCACCCAAUUGGAAGAAGAGGCUGAGAAUGAAGAACUGGCAUAUGACAAGGAAAUCCUUGAAAUAUAUGGAAAAAAAUCAACUCUACCUAGUACAGCGGCCCUCAGAAAAUCCAGUCCAGAGGCAAGAGAAUGUUAUGUUACACAGAGUUCCUGGAAAGUCAAAGAGCAGAGCAAUUCACAUAUGGGAGAAGCACAACAGAAUCAGUCAAGUGGAGAUGAUACAACAAGCUUUAUGACUGACCGCCAUGAAAAGCCUCCAGCACCUGUAGAUGUGUCUUUUUUUAUGGAAAAUUCUCCAUUUCAUUAUGGAAAGCCUCACAUGACUUUCUAUGGUGGCCCUUUUGCAGGGCAAAAGAAGCACCCACACAGUAAACAGCAUAAGGAUUAUGUAGAACAUCUUCCAGAAGGAGGAUUCUUACCACCAAUUUCUCAGCUCCCCAGUGCAGAAGUCUUGAAAGAUCCAAUUACUAAGGUACAAGAAUCCUUAAAGCUACCUCGAAUUAUUGAAGAGCCUUCCAAAAUUCCUCAAAGAAAGAGAAGACGGCAUGCCACUGACCCACCAAAGGAACUCUUGGUUAUACCAUUACUUGUACGUUUUGAGAAUCAGAAAGUAAACCAGGAGGAGCAGACAGGCAUGGAGGAGAUCACUAAGAAUGGAAUUUAUAACUCUAGUAAUAAUGAAGAACCUGCUGGUGUUAAAUCAAAGAGCGAGGAGGAUUUAAACGAAGAGCAAAUGGACCCCCCACCUACCAGUGAUGUACCCAUAGCAGUUGCAGAGAGCAGAUUCAAAACGCUUCAGAUGGAUAUUGAUUGGAACUUGGAUCCUAACACAGGUGGUGAUCUUCCAGCCCCAGAGGCCCCUCCACUAGGUUCUUUACCCCCUAUAAAUAGCAAGAAGAGACCUGGGAACCAAAGCAGCAUGGCAAAUUUAAAGGCAGCCAAUGCUACUAGUAGUGCCAGUGCAAUAAACCCAAAAGGUUUGCCAACUGGUAUCAUUAGAGGAUCUCUCCCAGAAGAACUCAAAGAGUGCUGUAAAGGCAGUUCUGUAGGGAGCCUUAUAAUGGGUCCUGACGGGGAGAUUGUCUGCCUCUCUCUGAUGGGGGCAACACGGGAUGCAGACAUUCCCAUUCGUUUUGAUUUCAUUCCUGAGGAAGAAGUAGAUUGCCUUCCAGUGGAAUCUGCAGGUCAGGAAGAACAAUGGUCUGGUAGUCAGCAGGAUUCUGAGAAAGAGCAAGACAGUGAUAACCCACCUUCUCUCCAGGACUGCUCAGGCUCUUCAGAAAGAGUGUCCACACCUCCCUACCGCAAAGGAAAGAAGGAAAAAAGGAAGAACCCCAAUAGUGAGUCAUCUCUGCAAGGGGAAGGUACUGAAGUGAGUGUACAGGAACUUGAACAACAUAGGUUUAGUGAAAAAACUCACAAAGGGCAUAAGAAAGAUGUCAGUAGUGGGAUGAAGAAGGACAAACUGAACAAACUGACUGAGGAGGAAAGUGCUCAAAGGGGAGAGGAUGUAGAAGAAAGAAAUUCAAGGACAAGAUCUCCAGAACAGGAAAGCGAACACUAUUCUGCAGAAAAUGGUUCUGAAGACAGUGAUGAAGCCUCUAGUACAAGUGUCAAUGAUUUUCAGGAUCAAUACAUUGAAGAAGAAGGUACACCCGACCAAAACAUGCAGCCUUCACAGGAAUACAUUCAGCCACCAAAAAGCCCUUACAGCCAACCACAGGAUCCUACAUCUUUUAAUAAAGCGCCGAUACAAGCAGAGGCUUCUAGCAGGAGCACAUCAGACAAGGAGCAGCUGGAUUCGACCAUACUGGUAUUAGAGCAGGGGUCUUCUUCAUACGCAUACACUGACAAGCUAAAUAACAAGAGACACAGUGUCCUUACACAGAAAGAUUAUCAUAAAUCAGACCAAGAGAAAGAAAACGAGCGAGGAGAGCAACAGAUAGAAAUAAAACAUGAAACGGAACAACGGACAAAAAAGGAGGGCCACCAUCCUUUACCAGAUGCCACAAACAUCAGACCAAGACUAAUGGAGGAGAUAACACAUCAUGAAAGUGCAUCUUCUGAACCGGAUACCAUCAGCUCACAAGAAAGUGCAGACAGUGAUCCUGCAGCCCCCUCUACUGGCCAGGAUCCGAACCACAGUCAGACGUCUGGACAAGUCAUUAAAGGCUCAGGAAAACAACCAAAACUAAAACCCAAGACCUCAGAAGUCACAAAGGCACAAAAUCCAAAGCCCAGUAAUAAGAUGGAAAUAAUUCUGAAAUUUUUAAAGAUGUGGAGAAAGUGUCCUUUGAGAGGAAAGAGAAUGUGCCUGUCACUCCACAGCAGACAGAAGUUAAACAGGAAAACAGCCACACUGAUGAGAAGCCACAAUUAACAGAAGAAGAAGAGCUGGCACUUCUCCAGGAAAUCACCAGCACUGUGGCAAAAGACACUACAAAGCUUAAGGGCAAGAAGAAAGCCAAAAAUGAAAAGGCACAAAAUCCAGAGAAGGCUCAAGCUUCACCAGCCAAAAAAGUAAAUCAGAAAGCUGGAGCAGAGCAAGGAAAAGC